UUGAAAGUGAGUAUUUAGUGUGGUGGGUGUGUCACGGUGCUGUUGUUGUAAAGCGAUGUGGAGUUCCACUUCAAGCAUAGCGAUUGCAGCACCCUCCUCCGACGAGGAUCCCAGCCAGUCCUCUUCGUCUUCCUUCUCCACUUCUCUCUUCAACUUCUCUUCUGGAAAUCCUACAAUCGAAGAGACCCGUGGCCUCAUGCAUCUAUUCCCCGACGACGUUCCUGCUACUCUUCCGGUUGGACGCAAGCCUCUUGUUUGCGUUGUCGGCGUCCCCAAUCACAUGACCUAUGCGGAUUUCUGUCAGUUCUGUGGUUCCUUCAUUCAGCACAUGCUAGAGAUGCGUAUUGUUAGGAUGGACGGUAUGGAGGAUCAGUACAGUGUCUUGAUUCGCUUUGACCACCAAGACUCCACCGACAGCUUCUUCAAGCACUACAAUGGCCGCCGAUUCUCCUCUCUUGAGGUCGAGGUUUGCCGAGUUCUUUUCACGUUAGACGUGCAGUACACUGGUUCCAUUGAACAUGCGCAACCCUCAAAUGCCAGCUCAACUGAACAGCCAACUUGUCCUGUUUGUCUUGAGCGAUUAGAUCAAGACACCAGUGGAAUUCUUACAACUAUAUGCAACCAUUCUUUCCAUUGUUCUUGUAUUUCAAAAUGGGCCGAUUCUUCUUGUCCUGUAUGCCGCUAUUGCCAGCAGCAAGCUGAAAAAUCGAUUUGUUUUGUCUGUCAAACCACUGAGAACCUGUGGAUAUGCGUUAUAUGUGGACAUGUUGGCUGCGGAAGAUACAAGGGAGGGCAUGCUAUAAUACACUGGAAAGAGACGCAGCAUUGCUAUUCCCUAGAAGUGGAAACCAAACGUGUGUGGGAUUAUGUGGGAGACAACUAUGUGCACAGACUUAUUCAGUCCAAAACUGAUGGGAAAUUGGUUGAGCUGAACGCUCACUGUGCACACGCAGAUAAUGGAUGUGGAAGUUGCAGCUGUGAAGACAAUGCCAUGAGUGAGGCUAUACUUAAUAGUAAAGUCGAAGCUAUUGUCAACGAGUACAAUGAAUUGCUUGCUACUCAACUUGAAAACCAAAAAAUUUAUUUUGAAUCCUUAUUAGAAGAAGUAAAAGAAGAAUCUGAAAGAAAAAUUUCCAAAGCUGUUCAGAAGGCUGUCAAUCUUAAACAACAGAAGAUUCAGUCCAAGAUUGACAGAUGUAAGAAAGAGAAGAAAUUUCUGGAUGAUCUUAAUGAGAAUCUUGUGAAAAAUGAGGACAUUUGGAAAGCAAAGAUAGUUGAGAUUGAAGAGAGGGAGAGAAAAGCUACUAGAAUGAUGGAGGAUAGAGUAGCGGAGCUGGAAAAGCAGCUUGGAGAUCUCAUGGUUUGUCUUGAGGGGGGGAAGAUGGUAGAAGAGCUACCCGUUUCAGAUGAUGAGAUUAAAGAAGGGACUGUAUUUCAAAAAUCAAAGGAUUCAUCCUCAAUUAGUGCUUCUCAGCAGCAGGAAGGAGAAUACACGCAUGCAUAACAGGAGAAUGAGUUAUUUCAUUGUUCCGACCACCCAUAUCCUGUUUAUAUUUUCACAAAUUUAUAGAAAUUACACUUGUGCGUUUAUCCUCGGUUAACAUGUUUUCACUCCGUUUUUUUUCCUGUAUGAAACACGUGUAUGUAUCUGUUUAGACUUGUAAAUAUUGAGAUUUCCAACUAGUCAAA